AUGAAGACUGGUGCUUCAACAGCAGUAUCAAAACGCAAGACACGGAGCGGCUGUCUUACUUGCAAGUCUCGACGUAUCAAAUGCGACGAGACCAAGCCAUCAUGCCUGCGCUGUGUGACUACAAAACGAAUAUGCGAGGGUUAUUCAACCUCCCCUCAGCAAGCCCUGUCAUUUGAUUCUCUAACCGAUGACGAACGCCGAGCGUUCCUUUUUUUCCGAAGUCGAACCGCCCAUCGGAUAUUUGGCCAACGCGAUGUGGAGAACUGGCUUCCCACACUGCUGCAAAUUGGUCACAAAGAGGCUCCAAUCAAGCAUGCCCUAACUGCAUUAGCCUCACUGCAUGAGAGCUUGGAGCCUGGGAAUACUCCUACCUCUAUACGUCGAUCAGGCAAACAUGCCGAGAUCGCAGCACAAAUGUUAGCUUUGAGACAUUAUACGUUCGCCAUCAAGUCCGUCCAGACAGAAUCGUCCGACAUGUCCCAUCGACCAGAUAUUGUCCUGAUACUUUGUAUCCUUUUUAUCUGUUUCGAGCAAUUCCGAAGCGGUGAUGCUGCUUGUCUUCUCCACCUUAGUGCAGGUUUAAGACUGCUAUACUGGUGGAGGCGCAAUACUGCAACAUACAGCAAGUUGCAGGAGUACUCUCGAACGACCCUUGACUUUGUCAAUAAUCAGAUUACCCCGAUCCUACAGCGGCUGCGCGUGCAGUUUUCACUAUGCAUGGACUCCCGGCAUGUGUUAAAAGAUCUCGGUGUUCCCCUUUGCCUACCACCUCCAACAAUUCCAUCAUCAUACAGCUCCCUCAAUUCUGCCCGUGUGGACUUUGACCGAGUGAUGAACCACAUAUUUUCAUCUUCGGAGCGUGAUAUGCCUGUGAGGGAUGAAGCUCCAACGCGAGCUUCUAGCACUCUUUUACGCCAGUGGAAGAGCGCUCUUAACUCCAGUUCUCAAUUCUCUGGAGAGUCUUCGAUAUUGCAAGGCUGCACAAUCAAACUCUUGAAUCUUUACUACCACGUCUCAAUCAUUAUAGCCGAGACGUAUGGUUCCGAGAGUGAAACGAUAUUUGACAACUAUGUCGGUCACUUUCAAACUGCCGUUGAGCUCGCUGAGGAUAUCACUAGAUCGUGGAAAGAUGCACAGAACUUUAGUUUACUUUUCAGUUUCGACCUUGGGUUCACCCCUCCCCUAUUCCUUGUCGCCUCUCGCUGCCGCCACCCCUCAUCCGGCGAAGAGCCGUGA